GAUUAACUUGCAUAUUAUCAACGAUGAAUAAGGCUCUAAUUUUUUGUUUCCUUUUAGUAACAAUGGUCUGUAUGACCUGUGGUGCCACUCUCACCAAAGAACACUUCAAAGCCAUGAAAAUGAAAGAAUUACGUGAAUUUUUAAGUGACCGCGGCUUGAAAUGUGUUGGGUGUCAAGAAAAAGAUGACUUCAUUAAAAUUGCCUUUGAAAAUCGUGAUAAAAAGCCUGUCACAGGGGUAGAGAAGCGUGAAAUACCCAAUACAAGUCUUUGGGAAGCUUGGGGUGCCGUAACGAAGGAAAAGUGCAUAGAAACCGUUGGAAAACGAGGGGAAGAUACUACGAGUGAGCCUUACGCUUCAGUAUGCUCGACUCUAGGAUUGGCUGUCGAAUCAUUUCUUAUGCAGCACGGAAAGAGCUUGUCGCAAAAGCUGAAGAAGCGGCCAGAAUUAAUUUUGAAAACCUCUUACACGGGUGUGUACUACAAUGCGGGAAAUCACAUUUUCGAAAAACUUAUCAAUUAUUGUCUUACACCUUCCAUUCGUAACAAAUGCUCAUCUCUCACGUUUGUAAUGGACAUCAUAGAGAAUAGUAAGGCCGCUGAUUUUAAAAACUGGAUUAUGAAUGUUGGCAUCGAAAACACUAACCCGAUGUACGAAGUGCUGAGCCAUCGCAGUGAUCUUUGAGCAUUAAAAACUUUCAUGUGAAUAUUGAUUUGUGUUUAAAUUUAACUGGCUGGGUUAUUGUCAUUCUUGAGGAAUAAUAUUGUAUCAGCAAUACUUUGUGUAUUAAAUCUGGCAGCGAUACACAUAUUUGUGAAAUUUCUUUCCUGGGCUUAAUAAAAUAAUCAUACUUAAGGCUAAAAUAAAUCCCCGAUAAAAUAGUACCAACAAAAAA